CGUUGUGCUCCGCGAGGAAAACGAGGUGCUGACCAACGGAAAGUCCAGUGCCCAACCGGAGCCAAAGGGAAGGAGGAAUGGAAGCCGCCGGCGCAGCCUCGCCGCCCACGGAGCCGCCGCCGACUCACCCGGCGGUGGCGCCGCUGGCCUUCCUGCUGGGGAAGUGGCGCGGGGAAGGCGAGGGCAGCUUCCCCACCAUCUCCUCCUUCCGGUACGGCGAGGAGCUCCUCUUCUCGCAUCAUCCCUCCAAGCCGGUGAUCUCGUACACGCAGAAGACGUGGAAGGCGGCGUCUGGCGAGCCGAUGCACGCCGAGAGCGGGUACUGGCGGCCCCGCCCUGAUGGCUCCGUCGACGUGGUCAUCGCGCAGAGCACUGGCCUCGCCGAGGUCCAGAAGGGUUCAUAUGACGCUGAAAAGAAAACAGUGACACUCCAAAGUGAACUAGUUGGAAAUGCAUCAAAGGUGAAGCAGAUCACGAGAACUUUUCAAGUGGCAGAUGGGGAGCUCUCGUACGUCGUUCAGAUGGCAACAAUCACAACUAGCCUACAGCCACAUCUCAGGGCCCUUCUUAAGAGGAUUUGAAGACGAUCGACAAUCUCUUAUAGCGCCGUCGCUGCGGCUAACCAACUGAGGGACACCUGUACUACACAGCAUAAGCUUCUGGUCAUUACUAGUUAGUGAAUGAACUUACAAGUUCAAAGCUCAUUUUCAAAAAUAAAAGUUCUGUUGGAGAUUUGCCAUUAUAAUUUUGCAAAGUUGUAGAUUUGCCAUUGGUAUCUCACUGACAUAUGGGACGCACAUGAGUCAAUGACAUGUGGGACAGGAUGGCAAAUCUCCAAUUUAGUAAAAUUAUAAUGGCAAUCUAUGAGAUUUUUCAGGGUUUUUGACGUAUUUAUUCCUCCUUAACAUGCACAGUGAGAAGUGAGAACACAUCGCUACAUUU